AUGACUACAUUACAUCUCUGCGAAAAGGAAUAUUAUAAAGUCGUUAAGAAUAAUUUGCAGAUUUUAAAAAAUUGGAACAGGAACUACACCAUCGAAACGAUUUUAAUCGCGCUCAGACAGGAGAUGCUCUCGAGUGUGAACAACAGGUUGCCGCAGCCCAACGAGGGAGAAAUGUACUGA